AAGACACCCACGUCAGAUCCCACCUAAACUCCACCCUACCACUCAUCUCUUUACUCUUUCAUUCGGCUCUGGCCCCUUCUUCGUUAUUCUACCAUCUUUGCCGAUCUUGGGAACAAAGUGCGACCAGACUCCUCCGGCCGUCCGACGCCGUGUUCGCAGAUGCAGAGAAUCAGCAACGUCAUAGCUUCCUCUUCCGACGCAGAGAAGAUGUGAAAUAGAUGCAGCGGAGGCAUAGCUUCCUCUUUCCAUAUACUGUGCGCGUUUUGAUGUUGCUUGACUGCUUAUUAGACGAACUUUGCCUUCCCCCUUGGAAUUCCAUAAAUUCUGGUAGGGUUUUUUUCCUUUCGAAUUCCAUGCUUUAUUAAUUAAUUGUGAUAGACUUUUUAUUGUUUGUAGUGUGAAACCAUUGUUCGUUUCAUUUUAUUAAUGCAAUAUGUAUUCAAAAUAUGCAUUGGACAUGAAUUCUCCAUAUAAAACAACAUAGUAAUUAUAAAAAUAAAAUAAUUACCUGCUAAAUCUAACAUUUCUUCAUAUUUGUCAUGAAUGCCAUCCAUGGACACUUUAGCUACUAAGAAAUCUAGUUACUUUCCACAUAGAAGCAUAUUACAUACCUAGGUUUGAAUGUUUGAUUUGUAUGAUUGGAAUGAAAAGCUAGCUGUACAUAUACAUUAGUACGAGUACUAUCAUAGACUCAUAGAAGUUAUGUUGUUGCUAGCUACUGCUGUGCUUUCAUGGAACCUUGAAAGUGAGCUUCAGUUUGAUAUUGUUAAAAUAAUUUCUACCUUUUUUUUUCAUUUUCUUGACUAUUGCAAUUGAGCAAAGGAGAAGAAUGAUUAAGAUGAAUCUGGACUUAUAAAUCCUCUAGCUUUCUUCUUUUCCUCACUGUCACAACAUAGAUGCUUUUAGGAGCAUUAUCCUGUUUAAGACAUCAAACUAAAGUUAAAUGUUCAUUUGCGGUUCUCGACUGGGAUCAUUAUAGAGGACAUGACAAUGUUGUCAAGGUACCCUUUUGUGCCCACUUUGGAACAUAUGCUCAUUUGUCUUUGCUUUCACUAUCACAUGAACCCUUUUACCGUUGACCAGGUAUUGGAUCUAACGGCUGGAAAUUUUUACUUGAUUUCAAACAUGAAGGGCAUAUUCGAUCCAUAGAUCGACUUCCAUCCUCUUGAGUUUCUUCUGGCAACAGGUGUGCAUAAAAUCCCUUUAUGGGUAUACAUUUCUAUAGUUAUAGUGAAGCACAAUAAUUAGUCGAUUUUCUCUUUAAAUAUUUUGGAUUUUUUACUUUUCCCAUUAUACUGUCCUGUAUUUAGUUGACACUUAAACAACGGUGGUGAAGGUAGUGCAAUUGAAAAUUGCAAGAACUAAAUGCCAAUUAAAAAUUGCAUUGAUGCAAGGGCUAACAAGUUAUCUGAGCUCACAUAUGUUGUGCAGUGGCAUGGAACUUGUGGAUCUAUUUCUUUCAUUCUUACCGAUCUUGUCAUUUAUAAAUAUCUGGAUUCAGUGGAUAUGUUUAAACAUAAAGAUUUACAUUUUACUUCCUUCAUGGAUAUUUUGUCUCUUUUAUGCUUUCAAACCAUUGCUCUACUUUUUUACAGGCUAUGUAGACUAAACUGUAAGUUUUUCUAUUUGGAAACCUUUGAAAUGAUUGGAUCAUUUAAGUGUGAGGUAUGUUACCCCUUCCUUUUAUCCUGAUUAGUGCUGUUUUUAAUUUAGAUGAAAAGGAAAUGAAGACCAAGCAUAAUAGCAACAGUUGAUCAGCAGACCAACUUUUGGUUUGUCCUUAUAUCGUCCCUUGCAAAAAGUUUUUUCCUUGUUGUUUUUACUUUUUUCAUGUUAGGUAAUUGAACUCUAUGGUUCUUGUGUGAAGACCAACUUGGUUUAAAAAAAAUGCGCCUGAGGCGCGCAAAGGCGUAAGGCGCAGCUAGGCGAUGAGCAUGUCGCAUUCAAAAGACCCUGGCGUAGCAGAUUCUAAUAGGCGCACCCCAUACCGUGCCUUUUGCCUCUUUUUGCGCAUCCGAGAGGCGUCCGCCUCUAGCGCUCCUGAGAAGGUGUCCGCUCAUCUUUUUUUGGCGAUUCACAUAGCUAGUUCGAGCUAGGCGAUUCAUGUAUCUAGUUCCAAAGAUCGGUAGGUAUUAUAUAUGGAUGGGGUGAGGUUCCCUGACUCCACUAGUGUCCAGUUUUCUCUAAUAUUCUGCCUCUGCUAUGCUUCCCCUAUCUCCUAUCCUCUUUCUUCCGCUACUAUCUAGCGUCGCAGGUAAGUUUUAAUUUUUUUUUGUUUCCUUUUAUUCUUCCUUCUCUUUUUAUCUUAAUUUCUUAAAUUAUCAAUAGUUUAAAUUAUUUAUAAUUAAAUAAAUGACCAUGUAUCAAUCUGUCCUAAACCUAAUCCCAAUUACAUAGUUUAUAAAUUUUAAAUAAUACUCCGUAAUAAAGAUGGUUUAUGGAUUCAGAUUGUUUAAUUCUGAUAUUCGGGAAGCACUUUCAUACACAUAUUUGGUAUGAUACAAAGAAUGCAUAGUGUGAUGAUUUACUUUUGAUAGAAGUUAUUUUUCCUAUCUUGAUUUUGUUCCUUAAUUCUGAUAUUCGGGAAGCACUUUCAUACACAUAUUUGGUAUGAUUUAUACUCCGUAUAUUACUACAUAUAUUUUUACCUAUUUCUCAUAUUUAAUGUUUCAUUUUAGGUGAAGAUCCUAUCACAAUCAAGAAGGAUGGUUCUUUUCAUUGUUCUGAAGUUAUUCCCAACCUAAUUGUAAGGAGAGUGAUCCUCUUUGCACUCAGAAGCAGAAUUCUCAUAAAGUUUCAAACAGAAAAAUCAAAGAAUCUGCCAGCAAUAAUUGUUUCAUUGCCCCAGUUCUUGUUCCUCAUGAUAGUAUAGAUGGAAAUGAUUUGGCCAGUUCUAGAAGGGAAGUCAUUUAUCCUACCCGAGCCACUCCUGGUAUCAAUUAGGCAGUCUCAGUCAAGGGAAUCAAGGAGGCCAACAAACAAUAUUGAUAUGUCCAUUAUGCUUUCAUAUGACAUAAACAAGUUUUUACUUCCAUGUUUGAUGUUGUAAGACUUGAAAAGUGGAUAUAUAUUGAGUGAUUUUUUAUUGCCUUGUUAAUUCUUGGAUACCUU